CCAGAAAAGGACAGAGACACGGAAAACAUGGAGCCAAGGGCAAUGUUGCCAAGGGUCUUCAAAGCAGGGCAAGGUCAGAUCGGAGAGGGCUGCCUCAGGGUUUCUGUGCUUUCCAAAGGAUUUUGCCCCAUGCAUGGUGCCAAACGGCCUGUGAUUGGAACCACGGAGGGAGAUGAUGAGUGUGACCGCAGGAUAGCACCAGAUGCGAGUUUAGAGAGAGAGAUACUGAUGACCCCACCCAACAAUUCAGAGAUCUGUGUGACCCAGCCCAUGAGAAGCCUGACAGUGGAGGAAUACACAAAGGCCUUUAAGUCAUUCUUAAACACUUCAACGGAGCACCAAUGCAUGGAGCAAUUCAACAAGGAGGAGCUGCCAAAUAUAGUAGCCAGUCUUGGAAAUGGAAGAUCAACUAUCAAUGUGCUAGGUGUGGGAAGUGGCACAGGUGAGCAGGACUUGAAUAUGAUAAGACUCAUUCAGGCUAAGCAUCCAGGAAUCUUGAUUAACAAUGAAGUCAUAGAGCCCAAUCCACAACACAUUUUGACAUACAAAGAUGCUGUUAGGAAUUCUUCUGACCUUAAGAAUGUCUCAUUCACUUGGCAUCAGUUGACAUCCAUGGAAUAUGAAAAGCAGGCUAGAGCACAAAACAUACAAAAGAAAUUUGAUUUCAUUCACCUGAUCCAGAUGCUCUACCGUGUGGAGGAUAUUGUGAGCACUGUCAGAUUUUUCCACAGCUGCUUAGAUUCUUAUGCUAAACUUCUGAUUAUAAUUAUAUCAGGUAACAGUGGGUGGGCGUCUAUAUGGAGGAAAUACAGACACUGUCUUCCCCCGACUGACAGUGGCCAUUACAUCACAUCUGACGACAUCGAACCCAUUCUCAAGGACAUGGGGCUUAACUACCAGGUGUACAAUUUCCCUUCUACUUGGGAUAUCACGGAAUGCUUCAUUGAUGGAGAUACUAUUGGAGGUCACACACUGGAUUUCCUGACUGGGACAAAAGACUUUAUGAACACUGCGCCCCAUGAUCUUAAGCAGUGUCUUCGCCAAGCUUUGUGCCAGCCCGAGUGCAGCACCAAGAAGGACGGAAGGAUUGUUUUCAGAAAUGAUUUAAGCAUGAUUGUGAUCAGUUCCUAAUAGUGGUAGAACUAACAGUGGUUGCAGUCACUGGGCUGGGACAGGCUGAACAGAACUAGCUGAACAUUUCUCUGUUGUGAAGGGAAUUUGUGCAAUUCAGAAGAGCGGCAUGGAGGAUUGGGGCCUCCUGGCUUACAAACCAGGAGCAAAUGUAUUAGUAGAUCCUUUGAGAUUAAAAAGGCA